AUGGGCAAUUGAACGGCUUCUCAAGCCAAUGAUUCGUAUGUUCCAGCUGGGAGGAAAAAGCCUCUCCUCAGUAAACCUGGAAAAAGAAAGAAUAAACUUUACACCAAUACUAAUGAAAAACAAGCCUUAAGAGAUGAAGACAGCAAUUCGUUUGGAUCUUGUUCAGAUUACAAAUGUCAAGGUUCUUCUGGAGGCUCAGGCUGUUACCAGAAAAUGAAGACUAACUCAAGUUCUUUUGCUGCUAAUUCCUCAGAACAGAAUUUUAAGAGAUUUCGCUCGCUUGAGAGUACUUCUGGAGUUCAAGAACGAUCCGUGAGUAAGAACCCAACCAAAGAUCUCCUAUCAGAGUGAAUGAAGGACCAUGAGAAGAUCGAUUACGACUACUGAAAGAUGCUAAUUUCUCAGUGAUAUUCUGAAAAAUUACUAAAAGAAAUUAGCCCGUACACACAAGAAUCUGUUCUGCAUUAUUGCUGAUAUCGGGGCCAUUUAGAUUUAAUUGAAGCUUUGUUGAAACGCCAACCGAAACUGGUAAAACUAAAAGACUUAAAUUGUAACACAGCAUUUCAUUCGUUGUGUAAAAAUAUUACCAGCUCGGAACAUGACUUAGGGGCUAUCUUCCUAAAGCUCAAGAAAUACAGGAUAAAUAUUGCUUCUAAGAAUGAAGAUGGGAGGACAGGAAUUGACCUCUUAAUACAGAGGAUCAGGCAGAAAUAACCCAUAUGAUGGAAAUCUCCACAGUAUCAGACUUUUGUAUGGAAAAGUUCUGGAUUCCAUCCCUGUGGAGUAUUACAACAGGAUCAAGAGUAAUAAGAACUUUAUUACCAAGGAGAGACUUCUGGAGACAGAUCUAUCUGAUAUUAGCAGCAUGAAGUCUAUCAGUAUUGCUACAACAGCAAAAUAA